UAACUCCUCAUUUCGGAGAAAAAAACCUGAUCUCUCUCUCUCUCUCUCUCUCUCUCUCUCUCUCUGUGAUUUCAGGAAAAUGGCUGAGGCCAGUAUUUCAGUAGCUCAGGACCAGUUCAGGUGUCCAGUGUGUCUGGAUCUCCUGAAGAAUGCGGUGACUAUCCACUGUGGUCACAGUUUCUGUAAGGUGUGUAUUAAUGGCUGCUGGGAUCAGGAGGAUCAGAAGGGCGUCUACAGCUGUCCUCAGUGCAGAGACACUUUCACGACAAGGCCUGUUCUACGCAGAAACAACAUGCUGGAUGAAGUGGUGGAGAAACUGAAGAAGACUGAAGUCCAAGCUUCUUCUCCUGGCCACUGUUACGCUGGACCUGGAGAUGUGGAGUGUGAUUUCUGCACCGGGAGAAAACACAAAACCGUCAAGUCCUGUCUGAUGUGUUUGGCUUCUUUCUGUGAAACUCAUCUGAAACCUCAUUUUGAACGUCCUGCUUUGAAAAAACACACAUUAAUUGAAGCCUCAGCAAAACUCCAAGAGAACAUCUGCUCUGAACAUAACAAGCUGAUUGAGAUCUACUGCCGUACUGAUCAAACCUGCAUCUGUCAUUUGUGUACGAUGGAUUAUCACAAAGGUCACGACACCGUCACAGCCGCAGCAGAAAGAGCUGAGAAACAGAGGAAAAGCGUCCUGCAUUUUACAAUUCCAAAAAUUGCCGAAGCAAGUGAGCAACAAUAUCACGUGACCACAAUGGACCUACUGUUCACCAAAACAAGUUGGCAUGGGCAAACAUGGUGGACUCGGCUCUGCCACCACCUAAAAGCCAGAGGAAAAGAAAAGGAAAGCCUGCUGAGUGAGUGCAACUGCAAGAUAGAGCAAGCUGCAGCAGUUGAGAUCAUUUCAGAACCAGAACCACAGAGCAGAGAAGAGUUUCUGAAAUAUUUCUGUUAUCUGACUCUGGAUCCCAACACGGCACAUCAUUUCCUCAUUCUGUCUGAGAAGAACAGAGCGGUGAGAUGGAGUGAGAGAGAGCAGCGUUACUCUGAUCAUCCAGAGAGAUUUGAUUACUGGUGGCAGGUGUUGUGUAAGGAGAGUGUGUGUGGACGCUGUUACUGGGAGGUGGAGUGGAGCGGUGCUGCUGGUGUGGCCAUAUCAGUCUCAUAUAAAGACAUCAGCAGGAAAGGACGGGGUGAUGAGUGUGGGUUUGGACUCAACAAUCAGUGCUGGAGUCUGUGGUGUUCUUCUUCUUCUCUCUCUUUCUUGCACAACAGCAUUAAGACUGAUCUCAGAGUUCCAUCACCCUCCAGAAUAGGAGUGUAUGUGGAUCACAGUGCAGGAACUCUGUCCUUCUACAGCGUCUCUGACACGAUGAAGCUCCUCCACAGAGUCCACACCACAUUCACUCAGACUCUAUACGCUGGGUUUGGGCUCUUGUUUUCUGGUUCUACAGUGAGAUUGUGUGAUCCAGAAUAAAAGUGUGUAGUGUUUUCUGUAAAAUUCCUGCACGUUGCCACGUUGUUGCUCAGUUGUCUGUUUCACUAGAACACAAUCCAGCUGCACAAAAAAAAACACUCUUUUUAAUAUUUAAAAUGAGUAUAAAAUGAGUAAUAUCAGCCUGGAUGAUGAUUGGGCCGCAGAUAGAACCUCAUAAAUCCUGGUUUAUCUGUGAGUUUGGGAUUUUUAUUCAAAUAUUGCAAUCAAAGCUUUGCAGAAUAAAAGAUAAGAGCACAGGAGAAUAAAGUUUCCCCCAGUGAUGGAGUUUCUGUGCUGAACUCAUUUUCAGACAGAAGCUUUUAAUACUGAGGUCAGGAUGUCAGCAAGCCGCUGUAUUGAUAUGCAACAGGGGUUUUCUUCACUUUGGAUGGAUAUUUUUAGAUUAUUUAAUCUUUGGGAAAUAACUACAGUGUCUUAAAUAUGUGUUUGUGAAAAUCACUGGAAACCUACAACCAGUGGUCGAGUUGUAAAAUCAAACCGGGGGGGAUGGUGAAAUUUUUAGUCGCGUGUCGACCCAUCGGUCGGUCCAUCAGUGGGAAACUGGUUUGCUUUUAGGAGGGUUUUUCACACAACGUAGGUCUGUGGACCUUGUUCAUUUACAAGACAUACAGUAUUUUGUGCUGAUAAAGUGUGUAGUACACACUGUGUACCCUUUUUAUUGUUGUAACAAAAACAUAAUACACUGGUAUUUUACUGUAAAACAUGCACAGUGUGGAUGUCUUGUGUCAUAUUUAGUCAGUCUCCUGGCUGACAUACCGACCACAUUCUCCAUAUUAGGGUGAAAUGCAGAUGACAAAUUUGAAGUGUAACUUCAUAGUCAUGGUAGGCUCCUUUUAAAUCGUUUGGUAAAUAAUUAUUAAAACCUCAGCAGGCAAUGUAAAUGAACAACUGAAUCUUUUCAUAUCAAGUCAAUGGAAUUUUUAUUCAAAGCUGAACUUUGGGAACAUUGAGUUAAAUACAGAGGUAGGUAGGGAACCAAUAAGCUAAAACAAGCAACAGUAAAUUGUAAAUCAGCUUUGUAUGUUGUGACCGGCUCUCUAAUGAGGCAAUGAAGCCUUCAAAACUGCUAGUGUCGUUUAUUUUAGCCUUCCUGUCUUGAAUAACACUUUUUGUUGCCUGAAGAAUAACAAACGAACAUCCAGGCUGAUUAAAUUAAUGGCCUUAUACAAGAAAUCAAAGCUAACAUGAACCUGAGUAAGCUAUCGAUAGCUGGCUAGACUCCAAACUAACAUUCAUUAUGAUAGCUGUGUUGUUAUCCGCCGCCCACAAAUUAGGCUACAUAUCGGUAACUUUACAGCAUGAUAGUGGGCUCACAGAAAGUGUGACUGAUAUUCGUAACUCUUGACUUACAUCCUGAAAUGUUUUUUCUUGCGAUCUUAAAUCCGAACUUGCUUAGGUCUUGCUGUCCACUCCACUUGGCCAUGAUGCUGCAAUCCGCUGCUGUCACUGACGCAGAAUGAAAUAAAAAAUAACGGAACCCCAACUGAAUGUCGCCUCCUCAAAUGCUUUGCUUGCGCGCGCCCUCUCUCACGAUAGCUUACUGUAUGCUCAGUUUCAGCAAAGCUACAUGGAAUGGCAUUUCUAAUUCCAAUGUUAAAUAGAAGUAAUGUCCACAUUUAUUGAUAAAAUUGCUCAAGGGAAGGGAGGGGGGAUGCCUGUUUUAGAGGGGGGGAUUAUUUUGACCUUUUUUUAUUCCGGGGGGAUGGCAUCCCCCCUCAACUCGAGUACAGCCUACAACUGACUUUUUCCUCCAAAAAACAUCUCUUUUAAUGUUGUCAUAUUUUGUCUGUGUGAAUAAUAAUGAUGAAUCUGUCUCUGUGAACUGGAUCUGUCUGUGAUUCUUUUCAUUUUCAAUACAAUAAAGCAACAAAUCCGUUACAGUUCUCUGUU